AUGAGCUACGGCAAAAAGGACGAAGAUGGCGAUCUGGGCCUGGUCAAGGUAGAUCGCACCCAGGUCUUCCAGGAAGCCCGACUCUUCAACAGCUCUCCGAUCCAGCCGCGACGAUGCCGCAUUCUUCUGACCAAGAUUGCUCUCCUCCUCUACACCGGCGAGAAGUUUCCCACCAACGAAGCCACCACCCUCUUCUUUGGCAUCUCCAAGCUCUUCCAGAACAAGGAUGCCAGCCUCCGCCAGAUGGUCCACCUUGUCAUCAAGGAGCUGGCCAACUCGGCUGAAGACAUCAUCAUGGUCACGAGCACAAUCAUGAAGGACACCGGUGGCAGUACAGAUGCUAUCUUCCGUCCCAAUGCCAUCAGGGCGCUGUGCCGCAUCAUCGACGCUACCACCGUACAAUCGAUCGAACGCGUCAUGAAGACGGCUAUUGUCGACAAGAACCCCUCGGUCUCUUCCGCCGCCCUCGUGUCCUCGUACCACCUGCUCCCCAUAGCGAAGGAUGUCGUCCGCCGCUGGCAGAGCGAGACGCAGGAGGCCGCCGCCUCGUCUAAGUCGUCGGGCGGAUUCUCCCUCGGGUUCUCGACGUCGAGCGGCCAGAUGCCCGUCAACAACUCCAACAUGUCCCAGUACCAUGCUAUCGGUCUCCUCUAUCAGAUGCGCAUGCACGACCGCAUGGCCCUGGUCAAGAUGGUCCAGCAGUUCGGAGCCGCCGGCGCCGUCAAGAGCCCCGCCGCCCUGAUCAUGCUCGUCCGUCUCGCCGCCCAGCUGGCCGAGGAGGACGCCUCGCUCAGGAAGCCCAUGAUGCAGCUGCUCGAUGGUUGGUUGCGCCAUAAGAGUGAGAUGGUCAACUUCGAAGCUGCCAAGGCCAUCUGCGACAUGAGGGACGUGACCGAUGAGGAGGUCAACCAGGCCGUCCACGUCCUGCAGCUGUUUCUCACCUCGCCCCGCGCCGUCACCAAGUUUGCCGCCCUGCGCAUCCUGCACAACUUUGCCUCGUUCAAGCCCCACGCUGUCCUCGUCUGCAACCCGGACAUUGAGCUGCUCAUCUCCAACACGAAUCGGUCGAUUGCCACAUUCGCCAUCACAACGCUGCUCAAGACGGGUAACGAGGCCAGCGUUGACCGCUUGAUGAAGCAGGUUUCGGGCUUCAUGUCCGAGAUCACGGACGAGUUCAAGAUCACCAUUGUCGAGGCCAUCCGCACCCUGUGCCUGAAGUUCCCGAGCAAGCAGGCCGGCAUGCUCACCUUCCUCAGUGGCAUCCUGCGCGACGAGGGCGGCUACGACUUCAAGUGUGCCGUCGUCGAGAGCAUGUUUGACCUCAUCAAGUUCGUGCCCGACUCCAAGGAGGACGCCCUCGCCCAUCUGUGCGAGUUCAUCGAGGACUGCGAGUUCACCAAGCUGGCCGUCCGCAUCCUCCACCUCAUCGGUCUCGAGGGUCCCAAAACGGCCCAGCCCACAAAGUACAUCCGCUACAUCUACAACCGUGUGGUUCUCGAGAACGCCAUUGUCCGUGCCGCCGCUGUCACCGCCCUCGCCAAAUUCGGUGUCGGCCAGAAGGACGCAGAGGUCAAGAGCAGCGUCAAGGUGCUCCUCACCCGCUGCCUGGAUGAUGUCGACGACGAGGUCAGGGACCGUGCUGCUCUCAACCUCAAGCUCAUGGCAGAGGAGGACGACGAGAUGGCUCGCAACUUUGUGAAGAAUGAAUCCAUGUUCUCUCUCCCCACCUUUGAGCAGGAGCUCGUCAUGUACGUGACGGCCGACGACAAGUCCCUGUUCGACAAGCCCUUCGACAUCAGCAAAAUCCCUGUCGUUACGCGCGAGCAGGCCGACGCCGAAGACCGCACCAAGAAGCUCACGGCUACGGCCCCCACGCUCAAGGCCCCGAAGGUCGGCCCGACCAAGUCCGCCGCUACGGGCGCGGAGGCGGCGGCCUCGGCGUCGGCUCAGGCCCAGCGCUUUGCCCAGGAGCUGUCGCAGAUUCCCGAGAUCCACGAAUUUGGCGCGGUUCUCAAGUCGUCGCCCGUCAUCGAGCUGACCGAGGCCGAGACGGAGUAUGUCGUGACACUGGUCAAACACAUCUUCAAGAGCCACAUCGUGCUGCAGUUCGAGGUCAAGAACACGCUGCCCGACACGGUCCUGGAGAAUGUUUCAAUCGUGGCCACGCCCUCGGAAGAGGACGAGCUCGAGGAGGCCUUCAUCAUGCAGGCCGACCGUCUGCCUACGGACGAGCCCGGCAAGGUGUACGUCGCGUUCCAAAAGGUCAAUGGCGAGGGCUCCCUGCCCGUCAGCACCUUCUCCAACGUGCUCAAGUUCACGAGCAAGGAGAUUGACCCAUCGACGGGCGAACCCGAGGACACUGGCUACGACGACGAGUACGAGGUGUCCGAGUUCGACCUCUCGGGCAGCGACUACAUUAUCCCCACGUUUGCCAGCAACUUCAACCACCUCUGGGAGCAGGUUGGCGCUGCCGGCGAGGAGGCCGAGGAGACUCUGCAGCUCAGCGGCAUGAAGAGUAUUGCGGAUGCUACCGAGCAACUCGCCAAAGCGCUCUCCCUCCAGCCCGUCGAUGGAACCGACGUCCCUAUCAACCAGAACACACACACUCUCAAGCUCAUGGGCAAGAGCGUGCUGGGCGGCCGCGUGGUGGCUACGGUGAGGAUGGCUUUCUCGUCCAAGUCUGGCGUUACGACCAAGAUCACGGCGAGGAGUGAGGAGGAGAAUGUCGCUGCGUUGGUGAUUGCGGCUGUGGCAUAG